UCACGUCCCGCGUCUCGGUGCGGGGAUGCCGGUGCUGGCGCCGGACCGCAGCCCGCUGUGCCCGUGUGCCCACGCAGAGCCGCCACAGCCCGUCUGUUCCCGGGCUGGGGAGCGCUCCCGCGCGGCGGGUCUGGGGCUGCUCGCCCCGCCCUGCCACACCGGGCGCGCCCUGGGUCCUAUCGCCGCCGCGGCGACUCUCCCUCCGCUACAGGUUCUCCGGCGCACGGGCCCCGGCUGCGUGCAGCGCGGCUCCGCCGGCGCCGGCUCGGAGCGGGGCCCCGGGGCCUCACAAGGCAUCAGCACGAGCUUUGUGCUGCUUGCGUAGAGUGCAACGCAGGGCUGGAUCCUGCAGGCAUGAAUGCUGCACUGGCUGUCCGGAGGGACAGGACCUGAGCAGCGGACUUCAACUUAUGAACGGAUUUCUGCGGUUGAGGUCGAAACAACAACUGUCUCUGGCAGCUGAGCGAGAAUGGAUUCUGAAACAGAGUAAAAUGCAAGCAGAACUUAACUGGCAGCAGCUCUGUGAGAAUGCUGAAUGUAAUUGGUAUCAGAAAUCAGAGGAUCCAACUCACAGCCUAUCUUCAUCUAGUGAGGAGAUAUUUCAGUAUGAUGAUAUAAGUCCUCUGUGUAAAUAUAUCCCUGCUUUGGAAAUAAAAAAGCUGCAAGAACAGAAUGCCAGCCUUCGGGCUGCUAUUGCAAAAAUGAGGAAAGAAAUGGAGAGUCUUAAUGAGCAGAUGUUGUCUUCUCUUCCUCAAACAGACGACAGACAGCUUGCAGAGCAAGGUUCAUUGAGCACAAACAAAAUUUCAGCUGGAACCACACUGAGCAACAUCAAAGUCAGUUCAGCUAAGUUGGAUUGUUUAGUAAACCCAGACACAGAAGAGGGUCCAGAACCCAAAGUUCUUGAAGAAAACAUGGUAGAUUUUGGACAACAGCUACCUGAUGUAGGUACUGGUAUUGGUUGUCAAUAUAGUGUCAAACACACUCUACAAGGAAUGCAAAAUAAACUCAAGGAAGCAGCAAGAAAAAUUUCAAUUCUGAGCCAAGAAAAGCAGCAGCUGAUUGAAAUGGGAAACAGACUCAGGGCAGAACUUGGAAUGGUGUUAAAGGAAGGAGUCUGGCAUCCUGUUAGCUUUAAACAAUGCACAGUUUGUAUUGCCUCCGGUAGUCUUCUUCCAAGAGAACUUAUCAAAAGAACACAGUGUCAGCUAUCAGUUCUAAAGCAUCUACAGCACAGACUCACAACACAGGAGCUGCAGUGCACAAGGCAACAGCAUCCUUCAAAAUUCUCGUCUCUUACUGCUUGCCCUAGCUUAAAGGAAGAAGAAGCUCCAAGCAGCUGUAGAGAAGAAACAGAAUUAUCAUCCAGUGAGGUUUGGAUAGAUUUCUCUAUUGAAAAUCAUGGGCCACAUACAUUCUCAGCAACAAAGUCAGAUACAUCCAGAAAGAUUGCUCAAACUCAGCUGCUCAGUCAGAGUCCUAGUCAUGUCCAGCGGGUUCAGCUUUCUUCAUCCAGAACUCAUAAUUUCUGUCAAAUUUUGGAUACGGGAUCAAGCUGUUCUCUACUCAGUCCUCAGAAGAACACCAGCCAGGGGGAUUUUGAAGUUGUACAUUCAAUCAAGCAAUCUGAAGAAUCUUGGCAAAAUGUCAAAGCCAAGGAUAAACUUGAAACAUCAUCUGAAGAUUUGACAGUCAGAGGAAAAAGGCUGGAAGUUCAGCAGAAGUUAAAAUCCAGGAGUUUAUUUUGUGCUCAUCUAUUAAAACCAAAAAUCUCUUCUAGCAUGACAAAAAUCCGCAAUUACAAUAUUAAAGACUGAUUUCUAUGUUGUCAGCAUGUUGUAGGUUCACACUUGCUAUUAACUUACUUAAACAUCUGUAUAUCAGGUCUAAUUAUCAGCCUCAGAUUUGUAUGUCAGGUUGAGAUAUUUGCAGCCAGAAGAGAGAACAAAUACCCUGUUUCAUACAGUGAAGCCUAAAAUAAAGGGUUAUUCUGUGUGCAUUAUGAGGUUACAGUCUUCAUUGUUAAUACUGAUUUAUUUUAAUUAUAUAUGUUAAGAUUUUCUUGCAUCAUGGAUUUAGAAAUGUUCGGUUAACACAUAGGCAUUGUGCCUUCAGGUAGGACUUGCAGGACUUCAGCAGAUGUUUUGUUGAGAAACUGUAGAUAUGAUUUCAGCUUAGAAGUGGGAUGCCUCAACCUACUUGUCUUCUAAAUUAUAAUGCAACCGUUAAUCCUGUGCAGCUAUCUUUCUACUUGAAAGAAAGGGGUUUCAAAAGAUUGCACCUGAGUCUGUAUUAUUUAUCAUCUUCUGUAGCUCUUUCCACUUGUUCAGAGAGCAUGAAAGAAUAUAAAAUUAAAUUUCUACUGUCACACCA